UUCAGGCGCGUUGACGUUCUUCGCAAGGAUCCGGAUGCCGAGCUCCGAUUCUCCGCUUUCGACCAAAUCGGUGUCGUCCAUUGUACGUGAUGCAGUUCUGCCCGUCCGUGCUGCGAUUCGCGACUGCCAUCGUUACGGGUUAUCUGAAGGAUGCCUGAGGAUUGAGCAUCCUGGCCCAGUGCAAUCCCUAACUCCCGCUUUCUCGAUCCAAUCUGUGUGCCCUUGUCCCCCAGUGCGUUCCGUAAUCGGGUGUGUAUAGGUCAGUGAGUUCCGGAACUAUGUGAAUCCCCAAAAAUAUUUCAAACAACUGAAACAGUGAAUCAGAAGAGAUUUCUCCUAACGAUCGUUCCUAGAGCACAUAUUAAGUUAAUCAAUAAGGAUAUCCCUGCUUUAUGUGAAUUAAUCAACUCGAUAUUUACGUGACUCCGAAAGGGAACGAGAAACAAAUGGCCAAAGUGCGUGAGACGCCAUAGGUGACCCAAAAAAAAAAAAAUACAAAAACUAUAAUAGGAACGGGAAAAAAACAGCGGUUAGGUCGGCAAAAAAGAAAUCGAGUCCAAUGCAGUUAGUUAGAGCCGACUACGCCAGAUUGCAAAAUGCGUUUGAAUGAACCAGCUGAAAAGACGCGACCCCGAACUAAAGCAACGACAGAAGCCACCAAGUACUCAUCAUCGGGUGACCUUCACCUCGAAUGUUCCAUCUACAACCUGAUCAGGCUGCUCCUCCUCAUCGCAACGAUCAUGGGCGGCGGAUUUGUUCAGGCCAAGAGCAUCUACGACACAGUUAACAGGAUACAGGGCUUGGAUCCCUUGGUGGAGCCCUCCUCCUCCUCCCUCGACCUUCCCUCAUCAUCGAAAGUUCCCAGGCAAACGACGGCUGCCACGCCCACUGCCGCCCCCCUCCAGGUGUCCACGUUGCGGAGUAGUUACGACCCAGAUUCGAAUGGAAUCGAUAACUCCUUUCCGGCGGAGGGGAGCAGCCAGGCUGUGCCCGAGGAUUCGGAUUCGGAUGGCGUGGAUGAGGAUUACAUCAUCCCCGAGGGCCAGACGUCCUCCUUGCCGAUCCUCGAGCAGGAGGUCAACCUGGUCAAGGGCCAGGACAUGGAGUCCCUAUCCCUGCAGUCGGGCGGGGGCACAGGGGAUCCGAAAGCACAGCCCGAUCCUUCGGGGCGGAAGAACUCCUUCCAGCCUAUUGGCAGCCAGAACGUGAAUGCCUUAGUGCCGGCCACAGUGGCCACCACUUCAUUGUCCGGCGGCUCGUCCAACGCCUCCUCUGUGGCCACGCCCACCGAGCCGGCGAGGAACCGGAGCACCGGCCAUGUCCACAACUCCGCCGUCAAGGUGGACAGCAAGCAUCCGCUGGCGAAGGGCCAGAAAACGGAUGCCCCCAUGUUGAACUACAUCUUCGACACGUUCUCCUCGGCCAACAAGCAUCACCACCACGAUCAGAGGUAUGGCCCCCACUUCGAGGAUGUGCAGCGGCUGGGCCAGGCCACCAAUCUCACCGUGCAGGCGGGCUCCAGCAUCCACCUGAACUGCAGGAUUUCACUGCUGCAGGAUAAGACUGUCUCUUGGGUGCGACACAACACGCAGGCUGAGGAUAAUGCCCUGGAUCUGCUGACAGUGGGCAUGCACACGUACACGGGUGAUAAGCGCUACAAAAUGGAGUUCCAGUACCCCAACAACUGGCGACUGAAGAUAACCAACGUGAAGAAGGACGAUGAAGCAAUAUACGAGUGCCAGAUCUCGACUCAUCCGCCCCGUGUCAUUCAGAUUAACCUGCAUGUUAAUGCUCCCAAGGUGAUGAUUGUGGACGAGGUGGGCGAUCCGCUGCAGGAGAAGUACUACGAGAUUGACUCCACCCUGCAGCUGUCUUGUGUGGUGCGAAAUGUGGCCAUGACCAGUUCUGUGGUUUUUUGGAAGCACAUUGACAACAUUCUCAACUAUGACGUCACUCGAGGGGGAGUGAGCGUCAAAACGGAACUGAUGGAAGAUGGAGCCAACUCCACCCUUUCCAUAGCCAAAAUCAGUAAAACGGAUUCUGGCAAUUACACGUGCUCCAUAAGCGAGUUCCAAAACUUUACCAUUGUGGUGCACAUUCUGAAUGGUGAAAGCUUUGCCGAAUUGCAUCAUGGUGGUGCGGGUGGGUUGAAAACCAAGUGGUGCAGUCUGGUGGUGCUGCAUCUAGUGGCACUCCUUACGUUAAGUAGUCUAAGGGGGGAGUUUAGCUAAGGUUCUCGGUUAUUUUCGGUAGGCUAAGUGGAGGGAGUAAACAAAUUGAGACAACGUCGUUUUUCCUGUAGCACUUUUUGUUGAUUAAUUGUAAAGAUUAUGAAUUGAAUAGGGCAGUUAUUAGAAAUAACUUAAAACGCAGCCUAAGUUUAACUGGCUAUUAUAGAUAUGUUUCUACGUCUAUCAUCAAUUUGUACAUGAGCAGGCACGACUAGGAUUAAGAUUAAGCUAAGAUCGAGGAUAUGGAGUAAUACUCUGAGAAUUGGAGAGAGAGGCCAACGAAUUUCCCUAGAAGAAUGUCACGAUGUCAGAGUUAUGGUCUGGCCAGAUCUAGUUGAUACAGGAAUGUAAAGCAUAGUGUAAUCUAAGUCACUAACAGUUCAUUAUCAAGCUUUUGCGGCAAGGAUCUGAACUCCUGUGAGAACUACUCAAUGUUGAACUAAUAUAAAAAGUGCAAUACGGUCAUAUACAUAUUAUAUACAUACACACACACGAACAGAGGCAUCGGUCGAAUGAUAUGUUAAUAAACGAAUACUCGUAUGUAUGCAAUAAUAAAGUGAACUAUAAAAGAGUG